CACACUCUGUCCUACUUAGACAACCCAUGGGAGGGACUAAAUCGUGCAUCACCUACGGGGAGAAGAACUAAGCACAGGCUUGAAUACGAAACAACUUUUAGCAUAUAGGCUGUCGUUUUAUCAUGCGUGUGGAAUAGCGCUGCUGAGUUGUGGCGUGUUUCAACUGAUAUAGCAGCUGGCACGUGCACCAGCGGUGCAAUGGCCAGCCCAGAUGUGGUAGAGCCAGCGGCUCAGAGCUCCACGGCCCAAAACCUGUCCAGAAGGCGCUUUUCGCGUGACGCCCAGGGUCUGAGUCCAGACGAGAUAGAUGGCCUCAUGUCCAGCAGUGAGGGCCGUCCCUUCCUUGUGGUGCAUCAUCUUCCUGAAGUAAAAGAGGAGGGGAUACCUCCCCUAAUGCCUGGGAUCCCUGUUACAUGCAGAGUGGAGAACACAGAGAAACACACUACUCGCUCAAAGGUCAAUGUAGGCACCCUAUACACAGUGCAGCUAACACAUGGCCACUUCCAGUGGACAGUGAAGAGGAAGUACAAGCACUUUCAGGAGCUGCAUCGAGACCUUUACAAGCACAAGAUGAUGCUUCACUUGCUGCCUCUGGCAAGAUUUACAAAGGAGAGGCAGCAGCUGAGAGCCAUGUCAGAGGAAAUGCCCAGCCUGCACGGGACUGAACGAACCAGGAGGACCUCCAGCAAAUUGAAAUACCUUGAGGAGUACCUUAAUGGUCUGCUGGAGAACUCAUUUUGUAGGAAUGAUCACAGCAUGAUGGAAUUCCUUUCUGUCGGAGCUCUCUCCUUUGUCACUGAUCUCGGACCCAAAGGCUUGGAGGGACCCAUCUUCAAAAGGUCAGGGGGUCACCGGAUCCAAGGCCUGAACUGCAUUGGCCAUCAUCAGUUCUGUUUUCGCUGGUCACGGCGUUGGCUGGUGGUGAAAGACUCCUUCCUGAUGUAUAUGAACAGAGACAACGGCCACAUCAACUUUGUGUUGCUGUUUGAUCCAGAGUUCAAAGUGAAAGUGGGCCGCGCUCACACAGACACCAGAUAUGGAGUUUGCAUUGAGAACUUCUCUCGGAAUCUGAUCAUCAAGUGCAGCAGCUACAGACAGACUCACUGGUGGAGUCAUGAAAUCAACCGGCUAGCAGAAACCUGUGACUUUCUCAAAGUGCAUCGGUUCGAGGGGUUCGCUCCACCACGGGAGAACACACUCACUAAAUGGUAUGUGAAUGGAGGUGGCUACUUUGCAGAUCUGGCUGAUUCUCUCGAACAAGCCAGGGAGGAAAUCUUCAUCACAGAUUGGUGGCUGAGCCCUGAAGUGUUUCUAAAGCGACCAGCUACGGAUAACUACUGGCGUCUAGAUGAAAUCCUCAAACGCAAAGCAGAACAAGGAGUCAAAGUGUGUGUCCUGCUGUACAAAGAGGUGGAGCUAGCACUUGGUAUUAAUAGUGAGCACAGCAAGAGGACUCUUAUGAAUAUGCACCCAAACAUCAAGGUAAUGCGACAUCCUGACCAUGUAUCCUCUGUGGUGUUGCUGUGGGCUCACCAUGAAAAGAUGGUGGCUAUUGACCAAACGGUGGCCUUUGUGGGGGGGAUUGACCUCGCAUUUGGGAGGUGGGAUACCAACCAGUACCGGCUAACUGACCUGGGCUCGACGGCCAACAGUGUAACCGAUGGGGAGCCAAUAGAAGAAAAAGCAGGUAAUGGUGCGGCUGAUGGUCCUGAACCAGACAAGCAAGCAGAGCUGGACCCUUAUGAUCUGACCUACAACAAUAAACUGUGGCUUGGCAAAGACUACAGCAACUUUAUCAGGAAAGACUGGGUCCAACUGGACAGACCCUUUGAAGAUAACAUCGACCGUACUCAAGUUCCCCGCAUGCCGUGGCGGGAUCUGUCUGCCGCUGUUCAUGGCGGAGCUGCCAGGGAUGUAGCCCGCCACUUCAUCCAGCGCUGGAACUUCACCAAGAUCUUCAAAAACAAGUACAAGGACGAGUUCUACCCUUACCUUCUCCCCAAGUCUCACUGCACUGCUGACUCACUCUCAUUCACUGUGCCUGAAUCCAAGAAGGCAAAAGUGCAGGUGUUGCGCUCUGCCGACCGUUGGUCUACUGGAACCUGUGAAAACUCGAUCCUCAAGGCCUACAUCCACACCAUCGAGAACAGCGAGCACUACAUCUACAUCGAGAACCAGUUCUUCAUCAGCUGUGCCGAUGGGAAGAAUGUCCAUAAUGGGAUCGGUGAUGCAAUUGUGAAUCGAAUCUUGCGUGCACACAGAGAGCAGAAGAAGUACAGAGUGUUUGUGGUUAUUCCUCUACUUCCUGGAUUUGAGGGAGACAUCAGUGCAGGAGGUGGAAAUGCCAUCCAAGCUAUUUUGCACUUCACUUUCAGGACCAUGUGCCGUGGGGAGUACUCCAUCCUGUCAAGACUUCGGGAAGUUAAGGACCUGUGGACGGAGUACAUCACACUCUGCGGCCUGAGAACACAUUCCCAGCUCUCCCAGUCCCUUGUCACAGAGCUCAUCUAUGUUCACAGCAAGACCCUCAUUGCCGAUGACCGCUGCUAUAUCAUUGGAUCCGCCAACAUCAAUGACCGCAGCAUGCUGGGCAGCAGAGACAGUGAGAUGGCGGUGUUUGUGGAAGAUGAAGAGCGUGUCCUUUCUAUCAUGGGAGGGCAGGAGUACCAGGCAGGCCCCCUCACCCUCGCCCUGCGGAAACAGUGUUUCAGUGUUCUUGUUGGAGCUUCUUCAGACCCAAGUAUCAAUGUUGAUGAUCCAAUCAGCGAUGAAUUCUUCUUCUUGAACUGGAAUGCACCUGCUAAACUGAAUGCCACCAUUUAUGACAAGGUCUUCAAAUGCCUGCCCCACAAUUCUGUCCACAACAUGCGAGAGCUGAAGGAGUACUCCAGCAAGGAGCGCCUCUGUGACACAGACCCCGAGCAGGCCGUAGAGGAGCUGAAGGCUGUCCGAGGGCUGCUGGUCCAUUUCCCCCUGAGGUUCCUGUGUGAGGAGAACUUGCUUCCUCCACGGGGCACUAAAGAAGGCAUGGCUCCUGUCGGCCUGUGGACAUAACCACAGCCCAGGACCGGAUCAGACCACUAUGUAACAGUCGAAGGGCUGCUGUAAUGUUCAGCACACUACCCUAAAGUAGCACUGCCACUCCAACGGUGAGGAAAAGACAGCACUGCAACCCAAGUUCUUUGUGCAUCAUUAAUGUUUUUUAUAUUGUCUUUUUAACUGACAAAGAGCUAACCUCAAAAAAACCACUGAAAUGUAGAUUUUUAUUAGGAUUUUAGAACUUUAGAAAAUGAGUAGAUUAACCUGAACUGGCCAGUUUAUUCAUGAUGAUGAACUGUCUCAUAUCUUGCACUACAGUGCAGUCUGAACUGCAUGGCUGGCGGUGAUGUUAAACACAAAUUAAUGACUGUAUGAGUCAGGAGAGGAUUGCAAGUUUGUAUUGGAAAUCAAGCAUCUCACAUGAUCUGGGAACAUAGUGUACUACUAUUUAUUGGUGCAAGGGUUUUGGGUGGGUGGCUCUUUCUCUCUCUCUCUCUCUCUCUCUCUCUCUGUCUCUUUCUCUCCAUCUCUCUCGCUAUCUCUCUCUCUUUCUUUCUCUCUCUAUCUAUCUCUCUUUCUCUCUCCCUCUCUCUCUCCCUCUGAGGCUUCACCUCUUACUGCAGUACCAGCAAAUCUGUCAGAACAUUUGUGGUUGUUAUGGUGACAGAUAUAAAGAGGUGACUGGAAUAGAGCUG